CGUCACUUCCCCUGUGCUGGCGGUCCCAGCGGCUCUCCGAGCGAAGUCACCGAGCGAGCCGCCAGGCUAUGACCCCAGGGGCUCUGCUGAUGCUGCUGGGGGCGCUGGGGGCGCCGCUCGCCCCAGGCGUCCGCGGCUCGGAGGCGGAGGGCCGACUCCGGGAGAAACUUUUCUCUGGCUAUGAUAGCUCCGUGCGGCCAGCGCGGGAGGUGGGAGACCGUGUCAGGGUCAGCGUUGGUCUCAUCCUGGCUCAACUCAUCAGCCUGAACGAGAAGGAUGAAGAGAUGAGCACAAAGGUGUACUUAGACCUGGAGUGGACUGACUACAGGCUGAGCUGGGACCCUGCGGAGCACGACGGCAUCGAUUUGCUCCGCAUCACGGCGGAAUCCGUGUGGCUCCCUGACGUGGUGCUACUGAACAACAAUGAUGGGAAUUUUGACGUGGCUCUGGACAUUAAUGUCGUGGUGUCCUCCGACGGCUCCGUGCGUUGGCAACCCCCGGGCAUCUAUCGCAGCAGCUGCAGCAUCCAGGUCACCUACUUCCCCUUCGACUGGCAGAACUGCACUAUGGUGUUCAGUUCCUACAGCUACGACAGCUCGGAGGUCAGCCUGCAGACAGGCUUGGGUUCUGACGGGCAAGAGCAGCAGGAAAUCCACAUUAAUGAAGGGACUUUCAUUGAGAAUGGCCAAUGGGAGAUUAUCCACAAGCCCUCUCGGCUAAUCCAGCCCCCAGGCGAUCCUAGGGGAGGGAGGGAAGGACAGCGCCAGGAAGUCAUCUUCUACCUCAUCAUCCGCCGCAAGCCUCUCUUCUACCUGGUCAACGUCAUUGCUCCAUGCAUCCUCAUCACUCUUCUGGCCAUCUUCGUCUUCUACCUGCCACCAGAUGCAGGAGAGAAGAUGGGGCUCUCAAUCUUUGCCCUGCUGACCCUUACUGUGUUCCUGCUGCUGCUGGCCGACAAAGUACCUGAGACCUCCCUAUCAGUACCCAUUAUUAUCAAGUACCUCAUGUUUACCAUGGUCCUCGUCACCUUCUCAGUCAUCCUUAGUGUUGUGGUUCUCAACCUGCACCACCGCUCACCCCACACCCACCACAUGCCCCUUUGGGUCCGUCAGAUCUUCAUUCACAAACUUCCGCUGUACCUGGGUCUAAAAAGGCCCAAACCCGAGAGAGACCUGAUGCCGGAGCCCCCUCACUGUUCUUCUCCAGGAAGUGGCUGGGGUCGGGGAACAGAUGAAUAUUUCAUCCGGAAGCCGCCAAGUGAUUUUCUCUUCCCCAAACCCAACAGAUUCCAGCCUGAACUGUCUGCCCCUGAUCUGCGGCGAUUUAUCGAUGGUCCAAACCGGGCUGUGGCCCUGCCUCCGGAGCUACGGGAGGUCGUCUCCUCUAUCAGCUACAUCGCUCGACAGCUGCAGGAACAGGAGGACCACGAUGCGCUGAAGGAGGACUGGCAGUUUGUGGCCAUGGUAGUGGACCGCCUUUUCCUGUGGACUUUCAUCAUCUUCACCAGCGUUGGGACCCUAGUCAUCUUCCUGGAUGCCACGUACCACUUGCCUCCUCCAGACCCCUUUCCUUGAAGACUGGAGGGUCGAGACCCAGGCCCUCUGCCAGUUGAAGUGAGAGUUUGGUGAUACUGUCAAGCCCUAUCCUUCUCUGCCUCUUAACUCCUUCACGAGGAAUCCGGGCCUCUUAUUUUCGCUUCUGGGGACUGCAUUGGACUGAGGGCUGGGUAAGCAGGUGUCUUGGACCCACCUGAAAUGCAGUAUCAUCUGAUUUACUCUUUGGGAUCUUGAAGAAGCUCUUAUGGAUAUCAACACCUAGGUCGCCAGUGAAAUAGAACAAAGAACAGGAACUAGAUUAUAAACCUUAUGAGGUCAAGAAAUGCGUCUUGGCCAGGUGCGGUGGCUCACGCCUGUAAUCCCAGCACUUUGGGAGGCCAAGGCGGGUGGAUCACCUGAGGUCGGGAGUUUGAGACCAGCCUGACCAACAUGGAGAAACCCCGUCUCUACUAAAAAUACACAAUUAGCCGGGUGUAGUGGUACAUGCCUGUAGUCCUAGCUACUAGGGAGGCUGAGGCAGGAGAAUCACUCGAACCUGGGAGGCAGAGGUUGCAGUGUGUCAAGAUCACGCCAUUGCACUCCAGCCUGGGCAACAAGAGCAAAACUCCAUCUCAAAAAAAAAAAAAAAAAAAAAAGUCUUGUUCACUGCAACAUCCCCAGUGCCAUGCACAGGUCCUGACCUAUAGUAAGUGCUUAACAUCUGUUGAAUAGGGGAAAGAAAUUUCCAGAAGUAAAUACAGCAAUUAAUAAUGUUUAUAAGCUGGGUAUGGUCACUCAGGCCAGUAAUCCCAGUGACUUGGGAGGCUGAGGUGGGAGGAUUACUUGAAACCCACAGUUUGAGACCAGCCUGGGCAACAUAGUGAGACCCUGUCUCUAAAAAAAUAAAAAUAGAAAUAAAGUAGUGCUUAUUGUUUGCA